GAGUGAGCAGCGCCCUCUGCUGGCCGUACGCUGCUGUUGACAUGACGGUCAGAGUGAAUCAAUGGAGACAAACUGGGAAUAAAACUUCAUUUCAGAGCCUCUAACCCUGUCAGCAGGUAAGACAGAGUCACCUCUGUGCACGCGGAUAUCUCACCAGUGACUGUGGAGGAACUGCUGUUAGCUUAGCGUACAGUUGUGGAAUUAGCAACAGUUGGCCUUAUACCCACGGCUAAUGCUAAUGCUAACCCGGACCAUUUUUCAGUUAAAUAUCUAAAUAUGUGUGAACAAACUGACACUCUGUGGGGAAUGUGGGGAAUUUAACGAUUUUUUUUAACAUUUUGGCUCCAAACUGUUCGGUGAAAAUCUUUAAAUAAAGAGUUUAAAGCAGUGUUAGUGAUUAGUUAUUUGAUUAACUGCGUCUAAGCUAACAUGCUAACAGUAUAACCAGUUUAAUAUUAACUAUCCGGACAAAAAUACACACAGACCGGACUAACACCAGCCGGUUAACCGAUUAACCGAAGAUUAAAGUCGGUAAAAAUCUGAAUCUAAUCAAAUUUAGAGUCCGGGUGUGAAAUAGAAAUAGGGGAGAGUGGGGUAAGUUGAGCCCCCCCCCCCCCCCCCCUUUCCUGUAAAUGUUAAAAAAAAUUGAUCAGGAGACUAAAUAUUUAAGAGAUGUUCAUCAAUUCGUGGAGUCUGUGAAGGUUCGAUGCACAUGGGUGAAGGGGUUAGACAUUUAUUUACAAAAAAAAAAAAAAAUUCACUCUGUAAAGUGAAUUUAGUCUGUCAUAAGUUUGAUUAGAAUUGUGUUCAGACCAAACAAGAUCAUUUUAAAUUUGUUAUACAUCAACUGUGGUAUCUAUGAGCUACAACAUGAGGUCAAAAACCUAACAUAAAAGUCCAUCAUUUUAGCUUAGAUCAGUGGUUCUCAACUGGUCUCACUCUGAGACCCACAUUGUCUCAUGGUCCUUAUAAAAGUCGCGACCCACUUUUAUAAAAUUCAAACCAAGAAAAUUUAAUUUUAAUAUAAAAAACCUUUGAAGAAUCAAAUCUUUAACAUAAAUACACCUAUAUUAUUGAGUUAAUUGCAUUUCAGAGCACAUGAACUGAGGACAACAACUACUAAAGUUACAGUAUAUCACAAAAGUGAGUACACCCUUUAGAUUUUUGAAAAUAUUCUGUUAUAUCCUUUCAGGGGAUAACACUAUCUUAAUGAAACUUUGAAAUAAUGCAAAGUAGGCAGUGUGCUGCUUGAAUAACAGUAUAGAUUUAUUGUCAAUUGAAAAUUUCUCUGUACACAGCUGUUAACGUCUAAACAGCUGGCAACAAAAAUGAGUACACCCUGUAGUGAACAUGUCUAAAUUGUGCCCAAAGUGUCAAUAUUUUGUGUGACCACCAUUGUUAUCUAGCACUGCUUUAACCCUCCUGGGCAUGGAAUUCACCAGAGCUGCACAGGUUGCUUCUGGAAUCUUCUUCCACUCCUCCAUGACGACAUCACGGAGCUCAUGGAUGUUGGACACCUUGCACUCCUCCACCUGCCUCUUGAGGAUGCCCCACAUGUGCUCAAUUGGGUUUAGGUCUGGAGACAUACUCGGCCAGUCCAUCACUUUAACCUUCAGCUUCUUCAGCAAGGCUGUUGUCAUCUUGGAGGUGUGUUUAGGGUCAUUAUCAUGUUGGAAAACCGCCCUACGGCCCAGUUUCCGGAGAGAAGGGAUCAUGCUCUUCUGCAGGAUGUCACAGUAUAUAGUGGAAUUCAUGUGUCCCUCAAUGAACUGCAGCUCCCCAGUGCCGGCUGCACUCAUGCAGCCCCAGACCAUGAUGCUGCCACCACCAUGCUUGACUGUAGGCAAAACACAUUUGUCUUGGUACUCCUCACCAGGGUGCCGCCACACACGCCGGACACCAUCUGAUCCAAACAGGUUUAUUUUGGUCUCAUCAGACCACAGGACAUGGUUCCAGUAACUCAUGUUCUUCGAUUCAUUGUCUUUAGCAAACUGUUUGCGGACUUUCUUAUGCAGCGGUUUCAGAAGAGGCUUCUGUCUGGGGCGACGGCCAUACAAACCAAUUUGAUGCAGUGUGCGGCGUAUGGUCUGGGCACUGACAGGCUGACAUCCCACUUCUGCAACCUCUGCAGCAAUGCUGGAAGCACUCACACGUCUAUUUUUGGAAAACAACCUCUGGAUAUGACGCUGAGCACGUGGACUCAACUUCUUAGGUCGACCCUGGCGAGGCCUGUUGCGAGUGGAACCUGUCCUGGAAAACCGCUGUAUGAUCUUAGCCACUGUGCUGCAACUCAUUUUCAGGAUGUUGGCAAUCUUCUUAUAGCCAAGGCCAUCUUUGUGAAGCGCAAUAAUCCUUUUUUUCAGCUGCUCAGAGAGUUCCUUGCCAUGAGGUGCCAUGUUGUCCAGCGUUCAGAGAGAAUUGUGCCCAAAACACCAAAUUUAACAGCCUUGCUUAUCAUUUACACCUGAAUCCUUUUAACACUAACGAGUCACAUGACACCAGGGCGGGAAAACAACAUCAUUGGGCACAAUUAGGACAUGUUCACUGCGGGGUGUACUUACUUUUGUUGCCAGCUGUAGAGACAUUAACAGCUGUGUACUGAGUAAUUUUCAAAGGACAAUAAAUCUAUACUGUUAUUCAAGCAGCACACUGACUACUUUAAGUUAUAUCAAAGUUUCAGUAGGAUAAUGUUAUCCCCUGAAAGGAUAUAACAGAAUAUUUGCAAAAAUCUAAAGGGUGUACUCACUUUUGUGAUAUACUGUACAUAUACAGAAAAUAUCAAAUUGCACAAAAUGGAGACCAGCAAAAUGAGAAAUUUGACUUAUUUGCCUCUCUGCAUUUAGAGCAUAUGCAGAAGAACCUGAGGAGGACCAAAGUGAAUAAAAAUCAAAUUGCACAAAAUAAAGACAAUAAAAAACAUGUAUUUUUACUGCAUUCAUGCCACAUUAAUAAGAAACCGAGGAGAGCCACAACAUAACACGUGCCUUUCAAAAUAAACUAUUUUUCAAAAUAAAAGACAUGUCAAACAUCAGAUGUGCAUUAAAUAUGUCCUUUUUUGACCAGCUGUUCGUGACCCAUCCAUAACAUGUCCACGACCCACUUUUGGGUCGGGACCCACUAGCUGAGAACCACCGCCACAGGCUACGUUCACACUGCAGGUUAUGAUGCACAAUUCUGAUUUUUUGUUAAAUACGAUGUUUUUGUGCGGUUGUUCACAUUAAAACAACGAAUGCGGCAUCUAAUGUGAACGGAAUGCGUCCGUGAAGUGACCCGCAUGCGCACAAAUGGCUUUCCGCGCCUGUUUGUGUCGUCAAACAAUGGUGACAUUUGUCGCAUAUUGAUGAUGUAUGGGUCGCAUGAACGCGAGCUGAGCGUCCACACUGCAGUCACAUCGGAUACAUAUCCGAUUUAUAUCCACAUACAAAAGAGGCCUGGGUCGGAUUUGAAAAAAUCUGAAUUGCACUGUUCACACUUACAUGAAAAAAUCUGAUAUGCGUCACAUAUGGUUAAAAAAUCGGAAUUGACCUGCAGUGUGAACAUAGCCUUAAAGACAUUCUCAUGUUCAAAUGUUUUUUUCUAUAAAACAGCUUUUUAGCAGUUAUAUGUAAUAAUAAUGAAAAGAAUGAUUGUACCAGUUAAAUAAUAGAUAAAAAUACACAUGAAUGUGAAGAAGUAACUGUUAUUUAGGGAGAGACAAGGUGAGGCAGGGCUGGGGGGGACAGAGAGUGGGGGGGUCAGUAGGGAUACGGCUCAACUUACCCCGCCUCUAUGGUCAACUUACCCCAUACACGGGGUAAGUUGACCAUAGGAGACCCCUUUUUUUGUCAUGCUAUAUUAUCAAGAUUACAGUUCUGUUUACACUCAUUCUGUUGGUUUGCAGGGAUGAACAACAUCCUGAAAUAUAUGCAGAUACACUAGUUAGAGACAAAACUAGAAUUGACUUGAUGGCGUGAUCCCAAAUAUGAAAAAUGGAUCAUUUUACCCCACUCUCCCCUAUAAACCUGAGUUAACCUGAUCAUUAAAAUCCUUUUAUUCCUCUCAGAUAAUCAAACACUGAUUAACAGUCAGACUGAGAGACAAACUAUCAGGUCAUCAGAAUAAAGUUCAUAAAGUUUGACUGAUACUGAGAAAGAGUAAAAAAUGUUCUUUCUUCACUUAAAAAUCUCAGUAAUGUUAAGUUAGUUUAAUUAAAUGGAUAUUAAUUCAUAAAAUUAAUUUAGGGUCAGACUCACCGUAACACCGAGUUAGACACCCCCUCCAGAGAUGAAUGUUGCUGACCGCUUGCUUCUCUAGUUAUACCAACUUUAGUAUCAAACAUAUUAAAUUAAAGAGAGAUUGUACUCAGAACUCAUAUAAUCUUGACAGUUAAGGAGGGUCCCGCUAGGCCUGGGCGAUUUGGCAAAAAAAAUGAUCACGAUUUAUUUUGUCAUGUUGUCCGAUCUCAAUUAUUAUCACGAUUUUUUUUAAGCUGCCAGUUUUAAAGCAUCUGUACUAAAAACAAAAAAAAACUAGAGAUUAGUUCAACAUUUUAUUAACAUACAAAAGUAAAUAAAAAAGCAAAAUUGAAUAAGAUACACUUAGAAAAAUAUAAAAAAACAUUUUAACUCAACAGUACGACGAAUGUCGAUAAAUACUAAGUAAUACAGAGAAUUAGUUUACAGUUCUGAGUGUUAAUGCAGGUAUGCAAGACCCAAAAUAAACAAAUCGCUCCCUCAGAGAUAAUGAAGAUGCUUUAAAAUGUAAACGUAGAUGAUAUGCAUACCUUUUAACAUUUGGGUUAUAAAAUCCAGGAGAUUUUUGCGGCGCACGCUGGGCAGUUUUGGGGUGACCUUGUAUGGUGGAUAUGAUUUCAUUAUGAGAGUAUUUGUAAUUAAAUUGCUCAUCCAAAUAAGUAUAAGUGAAGCUGCACACUUUUUUUGUUUUGUUUUAACAAGAACAAAUGGUAAUAAAAAUUAAAAAAAGAUAGGUACGAUAUGCCUUGAACUUAUUUAGUCCACUAAUAUUGGUGUUAAAGUCCUCAUAUGUUUCACUCUCGCUUAUUUCGCGUUUGUUUUCUUUUCAUCGAAUCGUUCAUUUUGCAACAAACACUGCUUUAAUAUAGUUUACAGCUGAAACCGACCUGAAUCAUCCCAAAUUGUAAAGUCAAAGUAUCAAUCCAGUGACUGUGAGGCUCAGCAGAAACACAGGACAAUCUUUGGUUGUCUGGAAACAAAUAUAGUGAUCUGAUUCAUGAAUGAACGUGGACCAUCAAACUACGGGAGAUUCCCGGGAGAAUGACAAUACGGGAUGUGGGUGGGAGAGAGGUCUGAAACACGGGAGAGUGAAAAACGGGAGUGUUGGCAGAUAUGGAUAUGAUUGACUACUGUUUUGGUCUGGUGGCUGCACUGCUAGUUGUGCCUAAACUGCUAAUGCUACUCGUGCCGUCAGCAGUGACAGGCUGUGCAGACUUGCAUUUUCAUGCUUCCCGCAUAAUCAUUCGGGGAGAACUUCUUCAAAUGAUUAAACAGAUCUGUUGUGUAGCCGGUUUAUCGUCUUAAUUGCUCAACGUCACUUUGGAGAGCCGUUGAAUAACUUUUUAACAAGAACUUUGGAGGAUGACUCAAAGUCACGGCUGACAUCUAUUUUGCUGCCCUCAGCUCUGCAUUUAGCUCUAUGUUCGGUCAUUCUGUUCACUUUUCAUGUUUAUUUUUCCGGUAACUUACAGAAGUGAGCAGGAAAAGCUCGACUCUGAUUGGCUGUUGUGACGCACAUUUCCGCCAUGUUUGAUCGAGUAAAUAAGCUCACAGCUGAUCACCGUGAUCGAACUGAAAUUUAUCGCGAUCACGAUCAUAUAAUCGCCCAGUCCUAGGUCCCGCCUUUAUUCUUUCUGAACCAAUCAGAUUGAUCUGCCAGAAGUGAUCUUUUUUCAGCUUCUGAUUUAACCGUCAAACAUCACACUCUGUGUUUGAGUGUCUCUGUAAUCUCUAAUCUGCUCACAGGGAUUACAGCCUGUCUCUCACACACACACACACACACACACACACACACACACACACACACACACACACACUCAGUAACAGCUGUGUGUAUGUGUGUGUGAGGAGGAUGGCACAUUUCCAUGUUUGAUAAACUUUAUCUAUUUUAAAUUAAAUAUUCUAAAAUUUUAAAUGAAACAGACAAAUACUCAGAAUGAGAGUCUUCCUCCUCCUCCUGAUGGUCUGCAGCUGGACUCGUGUUCAUUAAAAAUUCAACAAAGUAAUGUUGUGUUGUUAAGAAUCAGCUGAUUGUUUUUUGGGGUUAAAAGUUGUUAAAACUGCAGCGCUCUGAUUUUAUGUGGAGAGGUUGUUCAGUCUGGCUGUGACUUCUUAUUUUGAGUAUUUAUCAAACUUUAAUUUGUGCCUCAAAUUCUAAAUAAACAGUUCAUCUGCUGAAAUGCUAUCACCUCUGAUUGGUUGUAAAACCCGUCAAUCUCAGAUCAACGACUUGAUUUUAGGGCUGCAACGAUUAGUCGACGUAAUUGAUUACGUUGACGCGACAAAUUCAUCGACACGAAAACGAAGCGUCGACGCGUCGUGUUAUUGUUGUUAAGAAUCACAUGCCGGCGCCUCAUGCUCAUCUAUCAAUGCAGUGCACUACAGGAUGUGCUGGGGGCAGUAGCGCUCGCUGUUUACAUCCCGCGAGCAAACACAGAAGAAGAGUGCACACAUUAUGGCAGAACAAACUGAAAAAGACGCUCCAAAACUCCGACCCAAAACUUCAAAAGUUUGGAAACAUUUUACGGAGAACAAACCAAAAAAACACGUCGAUCAAAGCUCAGCUUUCCUACCAUGGCAGCACCACGGCGAUGCAUGAGCACCUGAAACGCCGACACUCCGGAAAUAGGUGUUUAUAAAUAAAGAAGAUAGUGAUUAAUCGUGAUUAAUCGGACGACUAGUCGGAAGACUAGUCGACAAAAAAAUAGUCGUUAGUUGCAGCACUACUUGAUUUGUAGCUGUAGGAAAAACAUUCUGUGAUUUGUGGGGAAGAUUCCAGUGGUUGUAAUAAGGACCCGACUGAUAUGGAUAUGGCUGAAGCCGAUACCGAUUAUUAGGGGGGAAAAAAAUCAGAUUACUGAUUAAUCGGCCGAUUUUUUAAAAUUUUUAUUAAGUUCUAAAAAAUACAUCUACAGUAUACUAUAUACUGUAGAUUUACUGUAGGCUACUGCUCUACGCACUGACAGGAAGAUUGACUGAUCAAACUCAGACCAGAAAAGCGUUUUCUUUUACUGCGAAGCCACGCUGUUGUAAGACGUGCAGAAUGUGGCUUGGCAUUGUCUUGCUGACAUAAGCAGGGGCGUCCCUGAAAAAAGACGUUGCUUGGAUGGCAGCAUAUGUUGCUCCAAAACCUGUACCUUUCAGCAUUAAUGUUGCCUUCACAGAUGUGUAAGUUACCCAUGCCUUGGGCACUAAUGCACCCCCAUACCAUCACAGAUGCUGGCUUUUGAAAUUUGCGUCAAUAACAGUCCAGGUGGUUCUUUUCUUCUUUGGCCCGGAGGACACGACGUCCACUGUUUCCAAAAACAAUUGGAAAUGUGGACUCGUCAGACCACAGAAGACUUUUCCACUUUGCAUCAGUCCAUCUUAGAUGAGCUCGGGCCCAGAGAAGCCGGCUGCAUUUCUGGAUGUUGUUGAUAAAUGGCUUUUGCUUUGCAUAGUAGAGUUUUAACUUGCACUUACAGAUGUAGCGACGAACUGUAUUUACCGACAGUGGUUUUCUGAAGUGUUCCUGAGCCCAUGUGGUGAUAUCCUUUACACAUUGAUGGCGGUUUUUGAUACAGUGCCGCUUGAGGGAUCGAAGGUCACAGGCAUUCAAUGUUGAUUUCCGGCCUUGCCGCUUACGUGCAGUGAUUUCUCCAGAUUCUUUGAACCUUUUGAUGAUAUUAUGGACUGUAGAUGUUGAAAUCCCUAAAUUCCUUGCCAUUGUACUUUGAGAAACGUUGUUCUUUAACUGUUUGACUAUUUGCUCACGCAGUUGUUCACAUAGUGGUGAACCUCGCCCCAUCCUUGCUUGUGAAUGACUGAGAAUUUUUGGGGAAGCUGCUUUUAUACCCAAUCAUGGCACCCACCUGUUCCCAAUUAGCCUGCUCACCUGUGGGAUGUUCCAAAUAGGUGUUUGAUGAGCAUUCCUCAAAUUUCUCAGUAUCUUUUGCCACCUUUCCCAACAUUUUGUCACGUGUUGUUGCCAUCAAAUUCUAAAGUUAAUGAUUAUUUGCAAAAAACAAUUAAGUUUAUCAGUUUGGACAUUAAAUAUGUUGUCUUUGCAGUGUAUUCAAUUGAAUAUGGGUUGAAAAGGAUUUGCAAAUCAUUGUAUUCAGUUUUUAUUUAUGAUUUACACAUCUUCCCAACUUCAUUGAAAUUGGGUUUUGUACAUAAAUGUAACAUUUUUUGCACAAGUUCACAUAAAGAUUUGUACUCACAUUUUAUCCUCAACUUCACAUUGAUCCAUACAGGUGCACAAAUAUGUUUUACACCAAAAAUGUGAGCAUGUCAGAGUUUGAAUCAUUGACUUGUAAAAUAGGAUUCGCGCUCCUGUAAUUAAGAUUUGUGAAUGUGUAAAUGUUGUGCUGUACUUGUGGAAAUACAAAAAAAACGACAAGCACACACAAAAAAUCUACAGGUACACAACUCAUGGAGUGCGGAUUUCACAUUUAUUGAUACACAUCACUGUACACAACUACACAUUACAUGUUACAGACCCACAAACCUUUUGCACCAAAAAUACCUUCAUAGGUGUGUUCACUGUGAAACAGCCGUAUGAGUGACAGUGAUUGAGUGGGCAGUGAAGGCGCCUCAGUGGGGCAUUCAGGGUCAGCAGGUCUUAGUAAAAGGGGGACAGUACUGAUCCUGGAUUUCAGGUGAAGGUGAAGUUGAACUGUUGAGGUAUAAAAUCUGCUUUGAAAGUGACCAUUUCCCCACCCCCCUUCCCCUUGUGUUUCAGUGGAGAAGGGCGGAGCUUCCCAACCAUGAUGGAGGACACAGAGCCGGAGCUUUCCCCCGCCCCCUCUGAUCAGAACAGCCCCUGUCCCUCCCCCUCCCUCUCUAUCUCCUCCUCCCCCUCCCUGUCUCUCCCCUCCACCCCCUCGUCCUCCUGCGGCCCCCCUCAGGCGGUGACCCCCCCUCUUGGGGUGAUCACUGAGGGGGUGGGUGAGCUCAGCCUGGUGAUUGAUGCAGAGGUGGCUCAGCGGGCGUGUCAGGAGGUGCUGGAGCAGGUCAAGCUCAAGCAGGUGGACUCUGAUGUCACUGACCUGCAGAACGAGGAGGGGCCAGACCCCAAUUCCACCACCCCUAAAACCCCCACCGCCUCCGCCACCCUUGCUGCUCCUGCCGCCCCUGCUACCUCGACGCCGAUGGGGAUUGUGAAGCCAAUAAAGAUCCAUGAGGAGGAGGACGACCCUGAUGGCCCUGCCCCCGGCUCAGUGAAGAGCGCCCGGCGGCGACAGAGACACAAUCCCUCUAAGCAGUCAUGGCUGCUCCGUCUGUUUGAGUCCAAGCUGUUUGACGUUUCCAUGGCGAUCUCCUACCUGCAUAACUCCAAGGAGCCAGGCGUACAGGCGUACAUCGGGAACCGGCUCUUCAGUUUCCCACAUGAGGACGUGGACUUCUUCCUCCCUCAGCUGCUCAACAUGUACAUCCACAUGGACGAGGACGUGGGAGACGCCAUCAAGCCAUAUGUGGUGGGUGUGGUCAGGGCAGGGGGGUGUAGACUCUACAGUCAGAAUGACCCUGUUCUUUUAAGUUCCCGUCAGGCUUUAUUAGUAAAUGUUUCUCAAGCUUCGCCCAGAGCUUCAUCCUCCUCCAUGGUCUUCAUCAGAUACCAGACUGGAGCGUAUUUUAACAAUAAUAAAAAUAAUGAUAAUAUUGAUAAUAAUGACAAUAAUGAUAAUAGUAAUAAUGAUUAUAAUAAUAAUGAUGCUAAUAAUAAUGCUAAUGAUAUUAUUGAUAAUAAUAAUAAUGAUUACAAUAAUAACAAUAAUACUUAUUGUAUAUUGUAUUGUAUUGUACUUAUAAUAAUAAUGAUCAUAAUGAUAAAUAUUAGGGCUGUAUGAUAUAUUGUUUGAGCAUCGUCAUCGCGAUGUACGUGUGUGCAAUAGUCACAUUGCAGAGCCUGCGAUGUCGGAGGUGAAUGAACUCAUCUAAUUUCAAGGGUAGCUGACUGAGAUACACUGCAUGUGACUCUGCAUGUGCUGUGCAGCGAUCCACCAAUCACAUUUGUUCUUUACUUAUUUGCCAACCAGACUACCCCCUACCAGCUAUCAAUCUAAAUCAGAGAGGAGUAAACCACGCCCCAGCACAUGGAGUGAGUCGCUGGCACUACUGGUGUUGUACUGAGACAGCAUGCCCGCCAAGAAUUACAUUCAGUACAUUCCUUAAUCACUGUUAUCACUGUUUAGCCCCACAAAUAAGAAUUGUAUCGGUUUAAAUUGAACAUUUUCAUGGAUAACUCUACUAUAAGCGGUGCGCGUUUCCGCGAGGUGCAUGCAACUCCCGGAGGACGUGCAUUUCUCAUAACAUAACACCGGUAACAAAAACAAGGAUUGCAAAAGGAGCAACAAACAACAGAAAACCACCGAAAAAGGAAGACUUGUUGCCAAAAAGAAAAAUUAAUGUCAGUUUUCUGAAAUUAUUUCGGUUACAACAAGGAUGAUAUCGACCAAACACAUGUUCUUUGUCGGCAGUGCCUUUCAUCAGUUGCCACAACGAGAGAUAACAAGUCCCAGCACAAUAGAAGUAUGCUAAAAAUAUCUUUAAGACAGACAGAAGCCAUUCUACUAACAUUCACAAAAAGAGGUAAGAUCAGUGCAGGUUAAUUGUCCACAAGAUUUCAGCAUAAAGUGCUAGUCAGGUCAUCUGGUGAAAAUUCCUGUAUUUUUUAAUAUCGCAAUAUAUAUCGCAGGGUUGAAAAAAAUCAGUUAGUUUUUUCCAAUAUUGUGCAGCACUAAUAGAUAUAAUAAUAAUGAUAAUAAUGAUAAUAAUAAUGAUUAUAAUAAUAACGAUAUUAUUGAUAAAGAUAAUAAUUCUAAUGAUAUUGAUAAUAAUAAUGCUAAUGAUAUUGAUAAAAAUAAUUAUAAUACUAAUAAUAAAUAAUAAAACUACUACUACUAAAAGUAAUAAUAAUUAUAAUGAAAAUAAUUAUGAAAAUAAUGAUAAUUAUAAUAAUACUGAUAAUAAUGAUAAUGAAAACAAUGAUAAUAAUGAUUAUAAUAAUUAUAAUUAAAAUCCUUAUAUAACAACUAGAAAAUGCAAUUUCUGAAGAAAAUGCAAGUAGGAUUGCUUCAGUUGAAAUUGCUAUCGCUAAGCUGCUAUUGCGAAUGGCAGAAUCUUUAAUUUGUGAAACGUGAACAUGUGAAAAAAAAAGAGAUUAAAAACCCUUAAGUAUGCGAAAGGCUUAUAGUAUCAGAAAGGUUUGAUUCAGUUUAAAUGAGUUGGAAUUUGUUUUAAAGAACUAAAUAAUGCAUUAAGAAUGAAAAUGAUUUAAACAGGGAAAAUUAAAAUGAUCAUAAUCUGAAAGUAUGAGAAGUUUGAAGAUUCAGAAAGGUUUGAACCAGUUUGAAUGAGUUUAAAUGAGUUUGAAGAAUUAAAUGAUGCAUAAUCAAUGAAUGAUUGAAAAAUGGGGACAAUGUAAAUGAAUAAAAAUCCUGAUUAGACCCCAUAAUGUCCUCAAUGAGCUGAAUUUAUUAAGCCCUGGAUGGUUUCUGUAGCUCAAAGUUUGUGCAAAGAGAUAGAUGACAAAGUUUGUCAAAUAACUCUAGUGAAGAGUUUUAAAUGUAACCCCCAGUACUCUGUGGACUGAGCCUGGCUUCAUGUGUCUCAUAUGGCUGUUAGAAGCAGCUUUCCAGCCAGCUGUGUGUCUCCAGGUGCUCUUAUUGGUUGCCAUGGUGAUGAUAGAUACAUAACUACAGCAGGAGAAAGGAGGCUUGAGGCUAAGGCCUGAACUACACGAAUGCGGAUAUAUUUCAAACCGCACAUAUUUAUGUCCGAUUAGGCCUCCCUACCACACCAAAACGGGAGUUUGGAGCACUCAAACCGGAUAAAUCUGAAUCCGGAAAAACAAGUGGAGAAAUAAAAAAAUAUCCGUAUCUCGUAUCCAUAGUGGAUUCGUGUGGUUGGACUUGUACGGAUCGAUGACGUCAAACCGCGGCUCGCGCAUGCGAAUUAAAAAGAAAAACAGCAACAACGAUGGCGGACAGGUUAUUCUUUAUGUUUGUUUUGCCCUUUUGGGGCUAAUUUCAGCCUUUCAAGUGAACCUUGUUUUAUACAAUUACAUCCACCAGUCAGCCAGCUCACAGACGCAUCUGCUGCGGCCAAUACAUUUAUUGGUCACAUGGUCCGUCACAUGGACCCGACGCACUAGCGUAGCUUUCGCAAACAAUGCAUGACGCAUCACGCUGUUACGAUUCAUCGGCCAAUCAGGUAGCUUUGUUCCUGAAUUUUUUUUAAAUGGCACCAGAUAGGAUUGAGUUUGAAGGCUACGUGUGGACGCAGAUAUUUUUGAGAACUAACACGUGUGGACAGAUACAUUUAUUUAGACGAGAGUAAAAAAAUAUCCUGAUAAAUAAAUAUCCAUAUACGUGUAGUUCGGGCCUAAGAACGUAAUGCCCAAACAACGUCAUAUUUCUCAUCCUCUGUAACUGCUAUCUUCAUGAUCAGGAGCUUGUGAGAACCACAAGACCCGUCUGAACACGUUGAUACAACUUCUGUGUCUGAGGAACCAAAAAUGCCUUCACUAGCACAAGUUACAAACAUGUCCAGUUUGUGUUUCCUCUGAAAAUCCUCCUCUCACUGUUACGCUCCAGUCUAGGGGUGCCUAGGGCACAACAUGAGAAGGCCUCAUCUUUCCCAAGUCCCAAGUAGCCACAAACAGAGAUUUGUUUCAAUUUAAAGAAAAAUGAUUUAUUUACAUAAAUUAGUAAAUGAACAUAUAGAUAUAGAAAAAUAACUAAGGCUGAGUGGUUAGGCUUCAGGGUGGACCAAGGCCAAAACACCAACCAAAAUGAUCCUGUCUGUGGAGUAAGUACUAACCUAACCAAACAAAGGAAACAAAUGACAAAAGACUUACCUCCCUAACUAAAAUACACAGGAGAAAAUAAGGUUAACAAAACUGGCAGUCCACCCCUACUACUCAAAGAAAACACUACAAAAUACUCCACGGUUUAAAGCCGCAAACAGUGUGGCCGGUUGGGAGAGGAUGAGGAGGAUGAGGAAUGCCUGCAGCCCUGCACACGGUGGCCGCCAUCUUGGCUCCUCAAAUAGCAGGUGGUUUUCUGUUUCAGCCAAUCGCUGUCCAGGAUGUAGACCAACCCACCAAUGACCGCACGGAUGUGGCACAUACCUAUUUGCAUAGGAGAUUGACAGAAAAGACACAGGGCACACACACACACACACAGCAGACACUCUACAAAUUAUGACCUCAGUCAUAACAUCACGUUUAUAUUGGAGUCAAUGGAUUAAGCUGGAGAAAUUUGGGGGAUGUCUGUGGCAGUUGGUGUCUGCCCAAGCCACUGUGUGUGUCCUACGGCUUUGAUUUUUGAGAUGAAGAGUGACAGCAAGUUUAGCCAUCACUGUACCAAAUAUUAUCUGUGUAGACUGAAGUGAGUUGCCACAAUCCUUUUGUAAAGACAAAGUUUUGAGGAUCAAUUUUCAGCCUGUCUCACUCUAGCGGUGAGGUCACGCACUCUAGCUGCCAACAUUCCGUGCAAUACACACUAAUGUUAAAUCCUGAAGAGGUCAGAAAAUCCUGUGACUUUUUGAACUGUCACUGUGAGAAAAGUCUGAAUGCUAUGAAGAUGGUGAAUGAAUGAGUGAAUAUCUAAAGGUAGGUGAAUAUUUUGAAGUUUGAAUGAGGUUUCUAGGUGAAAGUAUGAAUGAAUGAGAAGAGGUUGAAGUUGACUACGUCUGAAGCCCUUUUCCCAUUGACUCCCAUUAUAACAAAGUUUGAAACAAAUCUUCAUAUUUUGAAAAGUACAAAUGGGAUUAAAAAUGUUGAAGAUUUGGAAUAAUGCUGACGAAUUUGUGAAUAUUUUGGUUUUGAAUGAAGUUUCUACCUGGAAGUAUAGAGGAGUUGAAGGCUUUUGAAGUUGUUUGAAGAAAAUGUGAGAAAAGGGCCAAUUUGAACAUUCCGUAAUGCAUUUCUAAUGGGAGAAAUCGGUCGGAAAACCUGGAAUAUCUCGGAAAGUAUGAAUGUUAGGAAAAUUUUGAAUACAUCCCGGAAUGUCCUCAAUGAGAUGAAUAUUUUGAAGUUUGAAUGGUUUGAAUACGUUUAAGUAUGAAGUAUGAAGUAGUUGAGGUCCAAAAAACAGUGGAGGUGUGUUGAAUGAUAAUAAUAACUAGAAAAAUUGCAUUUCCUUGCAAAAAUUGCGUGGAAAUGCUGAGUGCUGAGAGCUGAAAAAGCAAUGCAAAAACUGCUAAUAAAAAAUAGAAGAAGGUUUUAAUGUAAAAUUGGUUAAAGCGGUGAAGAGGAAGUGGAAGUUGGAUGAAAGUGAAAACUGUUGAAGUCCAAACAGUAUGAAUGUGCUUCAUAAAUUAAAAUUGCAUUCAUGCUGAAAGAGGCGAGAAAACUGUCUGAAAUUGCCAAAAAAUUGGAUAAGGAAUAAAAUGACCUUAAAACACAGAAAAGUUAAAGUUUUAGUACUAGAAGUAGUAUGAUAAUAGGUAGUUAUAGUAGUGAUAUUAGUAGUCAUGUAAGCAGUAGAAGUAGUUUUACAAUAGAAGAAGUAGAAGUCAAAGCAAUAGAGCUUGGGUAGAAGUAAUAGUGGCAGUAAAAGUAAGAGACUCAGUAAAAAAAAUAUUUAGAGAAGCCAGAGUAGUGGAGGUAGAAGUGAAGAUACAAGUUGUAGUGGUAAUAAUUGUAAUUGUAGUAGUAAAUCUGGGAAUCUGUCUGAAGAAUUAAAUAAUGCAUAAAUAAUGAGAAUGAUUUUAAAAUGGAAAAAAAAAUUGAAUAAUUAAAAAUCCUCAAGUAUUAGACAAGGUUGAAGUAUCAGAAAGGUUUGAAUCAGUUUGAAUGAGUUUAAAUUUGUCUGAAGAAUUUAAUAAUGCAUGAAUAAUGAGAAUAAUUUUAAAGUGGGGAAAAGUUAAAUGAAUAAAAAUCCUAAGUACACUCCAUAAUGUCCUCAAUGAGCUGAAUUUUUGGAGCCCUGAUUGGUUUCUGUAGGUCAAAGUUUGUGGUAGGAGAUAGGGGCCAAAAUUUACUAAUGCUAACUACCAAAGGCCAUGAAACCAAAAAGUUCACAUGGAUACGACUCUGAAUGAACUCAGAGUUUGUUGUUAGUCUUUUUAUACUCAGAGUUUUGUAGAUUAAUGUUUAGACUCCAUAACUUUCCGUUUUUUCCUUAUUGUGGUGAAAAUAAUUUAGUGUAAAAGAGUUGUAAAAAUGACCUGGAUCACUGACUUCUGUUUUGGAGGGUUUUCUGUUCUUUUAUCCUGUUUGUUGUCUUGCAGAUUUGUGUAAUCCCUGUUUGUUGUCUUGCAGGUUCACCGCUGCAGACAGAGCAUCUCGUUCAGCCUGCAGUGCGCCUGGUUGUUGGGAGCGUACUCCUCUGACAUGCACAUCUCGACCCAGCGUCACUCCAGAGGAACCAAACUCAGGAAACUCAUCCUCUCUGAUGAACUCAAACCUGCGGGGCCUCGGGCCCGCAGAGACCCUCUGACUCUGACGCCUUUCUGUCCUGUGGUGUCCCCCUCUGCUGGCCCUGGAGCUCUGGGAGGAGAGCACAGCCUGUCACCAUCCAAACGAACACACCAACGCUCCAAGUCUGACGCCACAGUCAGCAUCAGUCUGAGCAGCAACCUGAAGAGAACAGCGAGCAACCCCAAGGUGGAGAGCAGUCAGGAUGAGGUAACCAGGUCACUUGGAAAAAUAUAAAAAUCAUUUUAACUCAACAGUACAACAAAUUUAGAUAAAUAUUAAAUAAUACAGUGAACUAGUUUACAGUCAGUGUUUUUGCAGGUAUGCAAGACCCAAAAAAACAGAACGCCUCUUCAGGGAUAAUGAAGACGCCUUAAGGUCCUUACACACCAGGAACGACGCAAAUAUACAACGUGAAAUUAUGUAAUAUUCGGAUGUGAUUUUUGACGCGCCUGACUAUACACAUCAAGCCCGAUGCAAUUUUGCGACUUUCCGGGGGGAAAAAAGACGCGUCCUGGGUGGAAGUGAGAAGACUGACCCAACAGCAGACUGAGUGUUUUUCAUUUCUGAUUAGACACUAGUGUUAAGAUGGCUGUCUGUCAUGAUAGCAUAUACUGAGUUGGGGCCAGUACCAGAUAAGAACAUUUAACUAUUAUCCAUAAACGUAAGGUAAUAACCGAGACCAAAUGGUGCUGUGACAGCAACGCUGUGAUUGAUUUUGAGACAGUGAAAAUACAUAUGGUAUGUUGUAUCUGAACAGGUUAGCUUACAAACUAAAGUUACUUAGCACAGAUGAAAGUUAAAACAGCAACGUUUAGCAAACUGUUAAAGCACACAAACUAUCGUCAUUUGACAAAUCUGAUGCUAUGACUCUCCAUAAGUUGUCCUUCAGGUCGUUAUCUUUGUAAUGUUUGUGUCUUUUAUCAAAAAGCACCCUGUUCUCCCAGGCCAUGUUGGAUAUACCGGUGAAUCUGACGUUGCAACAACACGCAAUCUGAUUGGUCAGAAGUGGACACACAGUCUGUGAAACUUUGGAAAAAUCGACCAUUAUCCGAAAAAAUAAAUGCUGCAAUAUCGCAGGAUGGGAAAACGUCGCUGAAUUGAACGCUUGUAUUGACAGGAUACAGGUUCGAAAAAAAAUAUUGACGUCUGAAAUAAUCGCACGAAAAAAAAUCUCCCGGUGUGUAAACGUUAAACUGUAAACGCUAGACGAUGUGAACAUAGAUGGUACGAUUGAUUGAUUGCUUUGGUCUGGUGGUUGCACCGCUAGUUGUAGCUAAACUGCUAAUUCUACUUGUGCUGUCAGCAGUGACAGGCUGUACAGACUCAGCCUUCAUUUUCAUGUUUUCCUCAUAAUCACUUGGGAAGAACUUCUUCAAAUAAUAAAACAGAUCUGUUGUGUUGCCGGUUUUUGAGGCACCAACCACCGACAUACUUUACACAUCGGCUUAAUUACUCGACGUCACUUUGGAGAUACCCGAACCACUGCCACACAACCAACAUUGAAUAACUUCUCAACAAGAACAUCUUCGGAAAAUAACUCAGAGUCAUGAUGGACAUCUAUUUUGCUGCCCUCAGCUCUGCAUUUAGCUCCAUGUUCAUCGUCCUAUUUACUUCCUGUGUACUCCAGCAACUUACAGAAGUGAGCAGGAAAAGCUUGACUCUGAUUGGCUGUUGUGAUGCACAUUUACGCCAUGUUUGAUCGAGUGAAUAUGCUCACAGCUGAUCACUGUGAUCAAACUGAAAUUGAUCCCGAUUAUUAAUCCCGAUCAUAUAAUCGCCCAGUCCUAGAAGACAAGGAAAUAAGUAAACUUUAUUUGUGUAGCACUUUUCACAGACAAAACAAGUCACAAUGUGCUUCACAUAGACAAAAAUAAAAAUGUACAAACAAAUAAAAAGACCAAAACAACAACAUUAAACAGUCAUAGCAGCCCCAAAACAAUUAAACAAAAGCCUGAGCAAAUUAAUAAGUUUUGAGUUGACUUUUAAAGAAGUCAACAGACAACAACAUCAUGAACACGUCUCAGGCUCAGGGAUGAGGAUUAAAAAAAAACUGAGUCCAGGUGAGAUCUGGACAACAUUGGUCAGGACCUUCUGCUUCACUCUGAGGGUUAUCUAAGACAAUGACAUGAUGCAUCAUGGGAGUCAGUCAGCGCAAAUGACAACCAAAAAGUCAAGGAAGUGAGCAGUGAGGGUCUUAAAAGUCAUUCUCCAGAGGUCCGUUUCACGUAGCAGGUUUAAUGGAAACUCAGAGUCUGUUAACCCUGAAAUCAGAGUAACUCUGUGUUUUCCGUUUCACAAAGGAGGGUCAGUUAAACCAGAGAGAGAGGGGUAACUCUAACCUGUUUCACAAAGAGAGGUAACUCAACCUCGCGGUCAGUUACCAUAGUAACAGACUCCGUGAACCUUACCAGGGGCCUGUUCUACGAAGCAGGAUUACUGCUUAGCAAGGUAACUUCGAGGAUAAGUUCGGGGUUUCCUGUUCUACGACGCGGGUUCACUUCUUAGCAAGCCGAGUCUCCAUGGCAACAUACGCUGAACAGCUAACCUGCUCCGGGGGCAGGUUAAGUUCCAGAUUGAACUCACCGAGUAUAAAAACCCCACCCACUGACCAAUGAGCUCUCUCGAAAAACAGCUUGUCUGUUCUUGGAGGAUCCUAUAGACCUCGGUGCUCGCAUUGUCCAAGGAGCACUCCGGCUCGCGAGAGUUUUCAGGGACUGCACGGACCCACUUACUUUUCCGUGUGAACACCUUUAUGAAAGGCUCAUAUGGCCUACAUAUCACACAAAAAAUGUAAACACGAUAGGAAUGAACAAAUGAAUGAAUUCAUCUUGGAAAUAAAUGGGCAUGGGCUGCAUGGGCUGUGUGAUCACAGACAACAUCUCGGUACCAUUUAGUAGCAACGCGCGCCCCUUGUAAUAACCCCUGUAAAUACUGUUGUUCAGGACUGCUUACUUGUGCUUCCUACCUACUGUAAUAACCGUUGUUCUAGCCCACAUGCAACAUUUUUGUUCUCAUUCAUGAAACGCUUAAAUCUGGGACAUUUUCGGGGACAGCUUUAGCCGGGGACAGAUCAUCCAAUUCGGGGACUGUCCCCGGAAAUCGGGGACAUCUGGUCACCUUAGUUAAAAGCGCAUGUUGAACAGUGCUAUUUCAGGGUGAUAAUGGCAUCAAAGAUUAAUUUUCUGCCAGCAUUCACUCCGUGCUUUUGCAGCGUCGACGGUGUUGCUUUUGAGGUUUAUGAUAGAUUUGAAUUCUUCAUACUUUCUCAUGAUCGUCUGUCUCCUGCUCCUCGUUUGUUAUGUCCGCAGUCCUUCGCUCUCCUGCCGGCUAUGACACUCUAGACUGGUCCAUGUUCGCAAUUGGUCAGAUGCGUCGGACUCCGCCUUACAUGCGUGCACGCGCUCAUGGCAAAGCUGGAUCAACUUACGAGGUUGUUAACCAGCGUUGUAAGACUGUUUAGCGAGACCGCUGGCUACCGCGCUAAGAUGAGCGAGGUAGCUCCAAGGCUUUCUUUUAAAAACGUGCUGUAAAACGCUGUUGGCUUGCAUCAGUACCUCCAGCUCCACUUGCGUAAAAAAUGCUGCCCUCCUUCUCCCUGUUUCCAUUGGUUGAUCAAUGAAUCUGGGCUCCACGGAUGCUGGCUGUUUAUGUCUGGCGUGCACGUGCUUAACUCCAGGUCAAACUACUCGGAGUUGCUAAAACUGACUCAAAUCAGGCGUUGUGAAACCAGAAACUCAGAGUUUCCUAUCUCAGAGUAGAUCAACUCAGAGUUAAGGAUUUGACUCAGAGUUUGUUGAACCACCUACGUGAAACGGACCCCAGGUGGAAACAAACAGAAAACAAACAGGAAACUAUAGAAGAAUGGUAUCUGAGCAGUCCUGACUAACCCUUAUUUCAGUUGUAGAUAUGACCUUAUAUCUAGAAUAUACACUCACCGGCCACUUUAUUAGGUACACCAUGCUAGUAACGGGUUGGACCCCCUUUUGCCUUCAGAACUGCCUCAAUUCUUCGUUGCAUAGAUUCAACAAGGUGCUGGAAGCAUUCCUCAGAGAGCUUGGUCCAUAUUGACAUGAUGGCAUCACACAGUUGCCGCAGAUUUGUCGGCUGCACAUCCAUGAUGCGAAUCUCCCGUUCCACCACAUCCCAAAGAUGCUCUAUUGGAUUGAGAUCUGGUGACUGUGGAGGCCAUUUGAGUACAGUGAACUCAUUGUCAUGUUCAAGAAACCAGUCUGAGAUGAUUCCAGCUUUAUGACAUGGCGCAUUAUCCUGCUGAAAGUAGCCAUCAGAAGUUGGGUACAUUGUGGUCAUAAAGGGAUGGACAUGGUCAGCAACAAUACUCAGGUAGGCUGUGGCGUUGCAACGAUGCUCAAUUGGUACCAAGGGGCCCAAAGAGUGCCAAGAAAAUAUUCCCCACACCAUGACACCACCACCACCAGCCUGAACCGUUAAUACAAGGCAGGAUGGAUCCAUGCUUUCAUGUUGUUGACGCCAAAUUCUGACCCUACCAUCCGAAUGUCGCAGCAGAAAUCGAGACUCAUCAGACCAGGCAACGUUUUUCCAAUCUUCUAUUGUCCAAUUUCGAUGAGCUUGUGCAAAUUGUAGCCUCAGUUUCCUGUUCUUAGCUGAAAGGAGUGGCACCCGGCGUGGUCUUCUGCUGCUGUAGCCCAUCUGCCUCAAAGUUCGACGUACUGUGCGUUCGGAGAUGCUCUUCUGCCUACCUUGGUUGUAACGGGUGGUUAUUUGAGUCACUGUUGCCUUUCUAUCAGCUCGAACCAGUCUGGCCAUUCUCCUCUGACCUCUGGCAUCAACAAGGCAUUUCCGCCCACAGAACUGCCGCUCACUGGAUAUUUUUUCUUUUUCGGACCAUUCUCUGUAAACCCUAGAGAUGGUUGUGCGUGAAAAUCCCAGUAGAUCAGCAGUUUCUGAAAUACUCAGACCAGCCCUUCUGGCACCAACAACCAUGCCACAUUCAAAGUCACUCAAAUCACCUUUCUUCCCCAUACUGAUGCUCGGUUUGAACUGCAGGAGAUUGUCUUGACCAUGUCUACAUGCCUAAAUGCGCUAAGUUGCCGCCAUGUGAUUGGCUGAUUAGAAAUUAAGUGUUAACGAGCAGUUGGACAGGUGUACCUAAUAAAGUGGCCGGUGAGUGUAUAUGUUUAUAUAUAUAUAACAGCUGCCAUGAUGAGGUAACAACAGCGCCACCUACAGGUCUGAUGAUUGAUUUAACUUUAUGGAUUAUUGAUGUUCAUGAUGAUGAGGAUGACCAGGACCAACUGACCUGGUUUUUAGGUUUUUUCCUUCUGUAUUUUAAAUUCAGAAAUCUAACCCAAGAGAAGAGCUUCUUUCUAAACCCUCUGACCUUUGAACUCUGACCCUUUAGGACAGCAGCUCCAGCUCAGACAGUCUGGAGUUUGAGACAGGUCCAGUAAGUUCACCUGAGUUGUGUUUCCUUCUGCAGGGUGCAUUGUGGGAUAUAAAGUCUGGAUGGAGUCUGUGGGUUCUGGUGCUGGUUCUGGUUCUGGUUCAGUGUGGGGCGGACUCUCAGACAAUCAGCUGCUGCUGCUCGUUUGAAGACUCCGCCCACUCUCAUUUAAUUCUCUCAGUUUGAUCCAAUCAGCUGUUCAAUGAUGUGGGUGAGCCAAUCAGGAUGCAUCUACGUUGUUGAUGACGUCAUCAUCUCUUCUCGCUCAGUGUGUUUGUGUGUCAGCGUCAGAGCACGAAAGCCAAUCAGAUCGCAGCAGCUCCUUUUACAGUGUCCUUUUGGUCUUAAUGAGUCCGACAAAAAAAAAAAAAAAAAGGAUUUAUUUAUUUGUUUAGUAGAUUAUCUUUUAUUUAAUUUAUAUAUUCAUUUAAUUAUUUAUUUAUAUGUUUAUUUAUGUCAGUUAUCUAUUAACUAAUUUAUAUUUUUAUUUAUUUUUCUUAUAUAUCCAGUAAGUUAAUCUAUAAAUCAAUUCAAAUAUUUUUUGAAUUUAAAUUCAUUUAUUUAGUUAGGUAGUUAGUUAUCUAUUUAUUUAUUUAUAUUUAUUUAUUUAGUUAGUUAGUUAUCUAUUAAUUAAGAUAAAUAUUUUAAUUUAUUUGUAUGUUUAUUUAUUUAUUUAGUAAGUUAUCUAUUAAUUAUUUCAUAUAUUUAUUCAUUUAUUUAUAUAUUUAUUUAUUAAGUUAAAAAGAAUGUUAUCUAUUAAUAUAUAUAUAUAUUUAUACAUUUAGUUAUUUAGUUAGUUUUCUAUUAAUAAAUUAUAUUUAUUUGUAUAUUCAUUUAUUAUUUAGUUAGUAAGUUAUCCAUUAAUUAAUAUAUAUAUUUUAUUUGUUUAUAUAUUAGUUAGUUAUCUAUUAAUUAAUUCAUAUAUAUUAAUUAAUUAAUUUAUUUAUUUAAUUAGAAAGUUAUCUCUUAAUUUACGUAUAUAUGUAUAUAUUCAUUUACUUUUUUUUAUUUAGUAAGUUAGUUAUCUAUUAAUCAAUUUAGAUAUUUUUUAUUUAUAUAUUUAUUUAUCCAGUUAGGUAGUUAUCUAUUAAUUAAUUUAUAUAUAUAUAUAUAUUAAUUUACAUACAUAUUUAGUAAGUUAGUUAGUUAGUUAUCUAUUAAUUAAUUUAUAUAUUUUUUUAUUAAUAUCAUUGUUAAUAAACCCCUGCACAGCAGCAGCUCCUUCUCCAGUUUUUCGACUGUUUCAUGUUCAGUUAUUUCUUCAUAUUGUGUUUUCAUUGUUUCCUCUAUGGUCUCUGUAGUUCCUGAUCCAGUCUUCUUUAUAAUUCAGGAUCAGCUGAAAAAAAGUUUUCAGUUCACUUGUUUAAGUUCUUCUUCAUCAUCUGCUCUCCCCUGGUAACAUUGUCCUGUUUUGUGGAUUUCUUUGAGAUUUCCUGCGUUGAUUCUGAGCUCUCAGACCUGGUUCUCAGUUUCUCAGUAUCUCCUGAGCUCACAGGUCGGAGCAGAUAACACCCUGCUGUCAGCCUGAGAUGAUCUGUUAGUCAGGCCGGUUCAGACUCAGAGCUGACACACAAACACUAAACCAACACCUGCUCACCUGUUCAUCUGUUCACCUGUGUAGCUGUCUCUCUGUCCAGAAGUCCUGAGAGGACACCAGCAGACAAACCACAAACACAGAGUCCAGAACAGAAACUCCACACUAACAUCUCCUCGCUCUCUCACUCUCGCCCCCCCCCAGCCAGUGCGCCUGGCUCCUCAGAGGGAGUUCAUCAAGUCUCUGAUGGGGAUUGGGAAACGUUUAGCGACUCUUCCCACCAAAGAGCAGAAGACUCAGCGUCUGAUCUCCGAGCUCUCGCUGCUCAACCACAAGCUGCCCGCCCGGGUCUGGCUGCCCACCGCCGCCUUCGACCACCAUGUGGUUCGUGUGCCGCACACUCAGGCUGUGGUGUUAAACUCCAAAGACAAGGUGACACACACACACACACACACACACACACACACACACACACACACACACACACACACAGUACCUGUUUUACACAGUACCUGAAUUGUCAACAGAGUGAUGCCUCACAGCUUCUUCAUGAUCUCUGAUGAUGGUGAUGCUCAUCUUUGUGACCCUCCUCAGGCUCCGUACCUGAUCUAUGUGGAGGUUCUGGAGUGCGAGAACUUUGAGACAUCCAGCGUCCCGAUCCGGAUCCCAGAGAACCGGAUCAGGAGCACCCGCUCUGUAGAGAACCUUCCGGACUGUGGUAUGACUGCCGAGCAGAGAGCAGGGAGCUUCUCCACUGUCCCAAACUACGACAACGACGAUGAGGCGUGGUCUGUGGACGACAUCGGAGAGCUGCAGGUGGAGGUGAGAUGCAGGAAGUGAUGUCAUCACUUUCACAGGUGCUGUAUACGUCACCAAGCUCCUCCUUUAGCAGGCAGAGUUUACUGCUCAUGCGAUGUCAUCUUAAACAACCUGCCUGAUUUUUAAUCAGGGGCUGUGAUUGGUCGACAUGGAAGAGGGACUGGUUAUAUGUGAUGAUGAUGGUGAUGAUGAUGAUGAUGAUGAUGAUGAUAAUAAUGAUAGUAAUGAUGCAGAUGGUAGUAAUGAUGAUGAUGGUGAAAAUGAUGAUUGUGAUGAUGAUGAAGAUGAUAAUAAUGGUGAUGAUGAUAAUGAUGAUGAUGGUGAUGACGACGAUAACAAUGGUGAUGAUGAUGAUAAUGAUGGUGAUGUUGAUAAUGAGGAUGAUCAAGAUCAUGAUCAUGAUCAUGAUAAUAGUGAUGAUGUAGAUGGUAGUAAUGAUGAUGCUGGUGGUAUUUAUGAUUGUGAUGAUGAUGAUAAUGAUGAUGGUGAUUGUACUGAGGAUGAUGAUGAUGAUGGUGAUGAUGGUGAUGAUGAUUGUGCUGAGGAUGAUGAUGAUAAUGAUGAUGGUGAUGAUUAUGAUGGUGAUGAUGGUGAUGAUGCUGGUGGUAUUUAUGAUUGUGAUGAUGAUAAUGAUGAUGGUGAUGAUGAUGAUGAUGAUGAUUGUACUGAGGAUGAUGAUGGUGAUGAUGAUGAUGAUGGUGGUGAUGAUGAUGAUAAUGAUGACGAUGAUGGUAAUGAUGAUGAUGGUUAUGAUGAGCAUGAGAAUGAUGAUGAUAAUAAUUAGAAUGAUGAUGAUGAUAAUGAUAAUGAUGGUGAUGAUUAUGAUGAUGAUGAUGGUGAUGAUGGUGAUGAUGCUGGUGGUAUUUAUGAUUGUGAUGAUGAUAAUGAUGAUGGUGAUGAUGAUGAUGAUGAUUGUACUGAGGAUGAUGAUGGUGAUGAUGAUGAUGAUGGUGGUGAUGAUGAUGAUAAUGAUGACGAUGAUGGUAAUGAUAAUGAUGAUGGUUAUGAUGAGCAUGAGAAUGAUGAUGAUAAUAAUUAGAAUGAUGAUGAUGAUAAUGAUAAUGAUGGUGAGGAUAAUGAUGAUGGUGUGUAAAGACCUGGUUCUGUUCUGACUCGGUCGGUUUGUCCUUCAGCUCCCAGAGGUCCACACCAACAGCUGUGAUAACAUCAGUCAGUUCUCAGUGGACUCCAUCACCAGCCUAGAGAGCAAAGAGCCGGUCUUCAUCGCAGCAGGAGAUAUCAGGUCACACACACACACACACACACACACACACACACACACACACACACACACACACACAGACUCUUGCAUUUACACUAGAGGAUGACAUUUCACAUGAUUCCCGCGGGAAUCCCUCGGGAUAGGAGUCAUUUUUUAAUUAAUCCUGUGAUCGGGACGGGACGGGAAAAAAAGCAACAGGAGCGGGAACAACAUUAAUAGAUGAUCAUUUUCAGCCGCGUUAAACAACCAGAUGAACAGAUGCGUCCAUUUUUGUAGUCAUCUCUCAGUAAGAGCCAACACUCUUGACCGCGCUAGCAACAAAAAAGAACUACAACAGUGGUUUGACUUCCUGUCACCACCGGAAGUGAAAAUUAUGUGUGUCGCAACGGCAGCCACUCUGACUCGGCUGCCACUUUAACCUAAAAGUUUUUUAUUUUAGGCAAAAGUGCAGUGCACUUCAGUUUUACCUGAAAUAAAAAAUGCAACGUUUUUUCAACGUUUGGUUUUAUUCAAACAGAACCGGGACAGGAGUGGGAGUAAUUUUGAGUGGGAGCAGGAUGGGAGUGGGAGUCAUUCUACGGGAGUGGGACAGGACAGGAUUAAUUUUUUUACUCCAGUCCGGGAUUGGGACGGGACGAGAUUUUUUCUCUGGGAGUGGGACGGGACAGGAGUGAAAAUCCACUCCCAUGUCAUGCUCUAAUUUACACCUGAUCAAUAAGCAGUGAAUAAAGGUGUGUGUGUGUGUGUGUGUGUGUGUGUGUGUGUGUGUGUGUGUGUGUGUGUGUGUGUGUGUGUGUGUGUGUGUUGCAGGCGGCGUCUGUCGGAGCAGCUGGCUCAGGCCCCCACCACCUUUAAACGAGACCCUGAGGACCCCUCGGCCGUGGCCCUGAAGGAGCCGUGGGAGGAAAAGGUCCGGUGAGUAAAGUUUAACUGUCUCACUCCAGUGAGGACCCUGUGGUUUGUGUUGAUUUUGACGCCUCCUGUGGGCAGAGCGGGUUGUCGUCUGUCUUUGCUGACCUUCCCUGGAUCUCAGCUCUCUAAAAUCCCGCCCCCUUUGUCCUUGAGGAGUUAAAACCUGCCGUUUGAGAGAGGGGAAGGAAUUUGGAGGAGUGGUAACUGAGGAGCAUCAGUGAAUGUCUUUGGACUGACAGACACGCCCCCUUAUCAAAUAUCACUCACUGAUUGAAUGCUGCAGCAGCGUAGACUUCCCUGAAUCCCGCUCAUGCUCUUCUCGCUGUUGUCCUGCAGGAGGAUCAGAGAGGGUUCUCCGUACGGUCACCUCCCCACCUGGAGGCUUCUGUCCGUCAUCGUUAAAUGUGGAGACGACCUCCGACAGGAGCUGCUCGCCUUCCAGGUGCUGCAGCAGCUCAAGGUAACGCUUGGUUUCUUCUUCUUCUUCUUCUUCUGUCCAUUCCUGUCCUCCUCGUCUGCUUCCUUCUCCUGUACGCCGUCCCCCCCUCACAGAGACCCCUCCUCCUAAUGUCCCUCCUCUUUACUCCCCCCUCAGUCCAUCUGGGAGCAGGAGCGCGUCCCGCUCUGGAUCAAGCCCUAUAAGAUCCUGGUGUUGUCGUCUGACAGUGGGAUGAUCGAGCCGGUGGUCAACGCUGUUUCUCUGCACCAGGUAAAGAAGCAGAGCCAGCUGUCUCUGCUCGACUACUUCCUGCAGGAGCACGGCACCCCCACCACCGAGGCCUUCCUCACCGCUCAGAGGAACUUUGUGCAGAGCUGUGCCGGAUACAGCCUCAUCUGCUACCUGCUGCAGGUCAAAGACAGGUGAGGCUGUGACGUCAAAGCUCCUCCUGCUCAUGCUCACACAGUCAUGUGACCUCUCUGUCUCUCUCUGUCCUUCAGGCACAACGGGAACAUCCUAUUGGACGCUGAUGGUCACAUUAUUCACAUCGACUUUGGCUUCAUCCUGUCCAGCUCGCCCAAAAACCUAGGCUUCGAAACAUCGGCUUUCAAACUCACCGCAGAGUUCGUCGAUGUGAGUUCAGCUGAGAAAUUUGGUUCUUACCUGUUCUGAUGUAGACCAGAUAUAGACCGGAGAGACCAGGGACCUCUCUGGACCUGAGUCCAUUUAAGGUGGACCUGGGGGGACGAGGAAAAUCGUCCUGAUAAACCAGAGAGCGUUUUCCUCUGAUGGAGGUACCUGUAGUGUUUUUGUUUUUCAGGUGAUGGAGGGACCUGCAGAGUGUGUAUUUACCUGUAGUGUUAUUGUUUUUCGGGUGAUCGAGGGACCUGAAGAGUGUGUCCUAACCUGCAGUGUUCUUGUUCUUCAGGUGAUGGGAGGUCCGGAUGGCGACAUGUUUAACUACUAUAAGAUGUUGAUGCUUCAGGGUCUGAUUGCAGCGAGGAAACACAUGGACCGAGUGCUGCAGAUUGUGGAGAUCAUGCAGCAAGGUAACACACCCUUUUUUACACACACACACACACACACACAUAUAUAUUCAGGAGUGCGUACCUGUACUGACCCCGUGGCCCCUCCCCCAGGCUCCCAGCUGCCCUGUUUCCACGGCUCCAGCACCAUGCGAGGGCUGAAGGAGCGUUUCCACAUGAGCCUGACGGAGGAGCAGCUGCAGCUCCUCAUCGACCAGCUGGUGGACGGAUCCAUGAGGUCGCUGACCACCAAACUCUACGACGGCUUCCAGUACCUCACCAACGGCAUCAUGUGACCCCAGGCCCCACCCCCAACCUGUGUGUGUGUGUGUGUGUGUGUGUGUGUGUGUGUGUGUGUGUGCCCGCAUGUGUGUGUGUGUGUGUGUAUGAGUGAAUGUUUGUGUGUGAGAGCAGCUUGAACAAACAGAGACUGUCCACAGACUGAUAAACUCCAAAGCAGAGACCUCCAGCCUCUUCCUCCUCUUCUUCUUCUUCUCUGAUUCCACUGACUGACGUUUUUGUUGAUUAUUUAAUUCGACCCUCUCCCCUCAUUUAUGUGUCUCUGUCAGGUAUUCAUGUCAAUCAUUUCCUUGGUGUUCUGUUGGUUUUCUUGUUACAGCGUCUCUUUUUCGUCUCCUUUUCUUUCCAUAUUUGGGCGUAUGUUCCUGAUUGGCCGCUCAGCCGGACUCUUGGCCAAUAAGAGAGCAGCUCAGUUUUAGUUUGAACUGUGAACACGGAGCAGAUGGGCUGUUUUACAGGUGUGGAUCAGAUUAAAGGACCAGUGUGUGUUUUUUUUUACCUGUUUUAACUCUUUAGUGACUGUGAACAGUUUGAACAUUAAAAUAGAGUCCACCUGCA